AUUGUUCCUGUUCUUCUUAAGUCAUUUGAAACACUGUCCCUGCGAGUUCUUUAAGUUCCCUGCAAUCUGUACACAAGAGAAAGAGGGAGAGAGAGAGGGAGAGAGACAGAGAGAGCCAGGGACCAGGUAAAGCGGUGGGGCUGCUGCAGCCAUUCUGACCUCAGAAGCUGGAAAACUGCCAAGGAUGCAGAAGGAAAUGAAGAUGAUCAAAGAUGAGGAUGUGCAUUUCAACUUGGGUGUGAAGAGCACCCCCUCCUUUCCCCACUGUCUGCAACCAGUGGCUUCCCGGGGUAAAACACCCCAAAGACAUCCAUUCCCAGAAGCUCUUCGGGGGCCUUUUUCCCAGUUUCGGUAUGAACCUCCUCCAGGAGACCUAGACGGAUUUGCUGGGGUCUUUGAAGGAGGGGGGUCCCGGAAACGGAAGAGCAUGCCCACAAAGAUGCCGUACAACCACCCGGCGGAAGAGGCCACCCUCGCACUCCACUCGCAGGAGAACAAAAACCAUGGCCCUCCGAGCCUCCCUCUGCUCUACCCGCAGCCCCCACGUCCCAAGUAUGACUCCCAGAUGAUUGACCUGUGCAACGUAGGCUUCCAGUUCUACCGCACCCUGGAACACCUGGGGGGCAAAUCUGUCAAGCAGGAGCCCAUUAAGCCCAGCGCAGUGUGGCCCCAGCCAACGCCCCCUCCCUUCCUGCCUUCGCCCUACCCCUACUACCCCAAAGUCCACCCUGGCCUAAUGUUCCCCUUUUUCGUGCCCUCGUCCCCACCCUUCCACUUCAGCCGGCACACCUUCCUGCCCAAGCAGCCCCCGGAACCGGAACCCCUGUUGCCCAGGAAGGUGGAGCCACAGGAGAGCGAGGAGACCAAGCAGAAGGUGGAGAGGGUGGACGUGAACGUCCAGAUCGAUGACAGCUACUAUGUGGACGUGGGUGGGGCGCAGAAGCGCUGGCAGUGCCCGACCUGUGAGAAGUCCUACACCUCCAAGUACAACCUGGUGACCCACAUCCUGGGCCACAGCGGGAUCAAGCCGCACGCGUGCACCCGCUGCGGGAAGCUCUUCAAGCAGCUCAGCCAUCUGCACACCCACAUGCUGACCCACCAGGGCACGCGGCCCCACAAAUGCCAGGUGUGCCACAAGGCCUUCACCCAGACCAGCCACCUCAAGCGCCACAUGAUGCAGCACAGCGAGGUGAAGCCGCACAACUGCCGUGUUUGCGGCCGGGGCUUCGCCUACCCCAGCGAGCUCAAGGCCCACGAGGCCAAGCACGCCAGUGGGCGCGAGAACAUCUGUGUGGAGUGCGGCCUUGACUUCCCUACGCUGGCCCAGCUGAAGAGACACCUCACCACGCACCGGGGCCCCAUCCAGUACAACUGCUCCGAGUGCGACAAGACCUUCCAGUACCCGAGCCAGCUGCAGAACCACAUGAUGAAGCACAAGGACAUCCGGCCCUACAUCUGCUCCGAGUGUGGCAUGGAGUUCGUGCAGCCCCACCAUCUCAAGCAGCACUCGCUCACGCAUAAGGGUGUAAAGGAGCACAAAUGUGGCAUUUGCGGGCGUGAGUUCACCCUGUUGGCCAACAUGAAGAGACACGUGCUGAUCCACACCAACAUCCGUGCCUACCAGUGUCACCUCUGCUACAAGAGCUUCGUGCAGAAACAGACUCUCAAGGCACAUAUGAUUGUCCACUCUGAUGUGAAGCCCUUCAAAUGCAAGCUGUGUGGGAAGGAAUUCAACCGGAUGCACAACCUAAUGGGCCACAUGCACCUGCACUCAGACAGCAAGCCCUUCAAGUGCCUCUACUGCCCCAGCAAAUUCACCCUGAAGGGGAACCUGACACGUCACAUGAAAGUCAAGCAUGGAGUGAUGGAGCGGGGACUUCACUCUCAAGGUUUGGGAAGAGGAAGAAUCACCUUGGCACAGUCAGCUGGUGUCCUGAGGAGUUUGGAGCAAGAGGAGCCUUUUGACCUCUCCCAGAAGCGUGGGGUAAAGGGGCCCAUGUUCCAGUUGGAUGGGGAAAGUGCCCGGGGCAGCCCCUGCCAUGAGGAGGAGGACGAUGACAAUUGCUAUGAGGUGGAACCCUACAGCCCUGGCCUGGCCCCCCAAAGCCAGCAGCUUGGUGCACCCCAGGAUCUGUCCACCAAGCCCGAGCAGGCCCCUGAGAGGCCAGAGGACAAUUGCAAGGAGGAGAAGGAGGAUGUGCCCAAAGAAGAAGAGGAGGAGAGGAGCAAGGACCACCAUGAGGCAGAAGGUGUUCAGGAGCGAGAUUGUGCCUGCAAAGACGAGCGUCUCAGCCUCAGAGUUUUCCAGAGCUCCCGGCGGGGCCCCUCUUUUUCUGAUUACUUGUACUUCAAGCACAGAGAUGAGAGUUUAAAAGAAUUACUGGAGAGGAAAAUGGAAAAACAAGCAGUGCUUUUGGGUAUCUAAGUGGACAGCUUUAAAAUUACAUUUGGAAAAUGAGAAGUAGGCAGUUCAAAUAUAGCUUUCUGCAUGAACUGUCAUUUGCUGGGGACUGACUGGCAAUGCCAGUCCUUACAAAUGGCUCAGACUAAAUGAGCCAGCCUAGGUAGUGUAAAUGCUUCCCAGGUCAUUUCUUGGGUCCUUCAUAAUUUUAGCAUGCAUGCAGGGUGUUCAGUGUUAUUUUAUGCAUCACCCCUGUAAUGAACUAUGCAUAUUCUUUUAGAUUUCUAAUUGUAAGCUGAACCUGAGGUGCUUUCAGAAAUUCUGUUUUUCUUUUACUAAUAUGCAAUACAUGGUAAAUUUCCUUCUAGUUGCAAAACUAUGGUGCUUGAUGAGUUACCUUAUUAAUAACUAUCUAGUCGAGUUCAUGAAAGUGAUAAUAUUUUUCCAGAAAUAUAUAGCUGUAUAUAUAAAAAUAGUCUUUGUUAAAUAAUCAGAAAUACCAGAAAUAACACAGAAGGGUGAGCUUUUGAAAAGGAUAUUCUCAAGUAGUUGCUAUAGAUAAAAGAUGAAACUUCAGAAAAAGAUGAGUAGUUUUGAUGAAGGGAAAAUCAGCCAUGCUUCUGGAUUCCUUCUGGAUCUUUUGUCCUGCUUUGGCUCAUCAGAUGGGGCAUUUGAAACGUAUUUGCAGAUGACUAGACAAUGCUCAGGGGGUCCCGUUUCCUCAGACUAACCUCUGGUGUCCAAAGCACAGCUCCCUUCUGGAGACCAUUGCUCUGUGGCCCCAUGCCCCAUAAAAAAGCUGUAGAGAGACUUGUUGGCAGUGAGCAAUGGACCUCUCCCCAGUGCUGGAGGUAGGGAGUGGGUGGGGAAUUCUCCC